CAUGUUCCACACGUUUCAGUCGUCUGCGGGGCAGCGUCAACCCGCGGGAGACGGCGACUAUGCCGGAAAGCCAACACGAUCAACUGGUUCACGACGGAUAUCGACCAGUAACGCGUGUAUAGAGUGCAGACGGCGGAAGAUUCGAUGCGACGGAAUGCAGCCAUGCGGGCAGUGUCAGUGGUACCAACAUCCCGAAGCAUGCAGCUAUUCGAAACCCGCGCAGCGAGUUGUACCCAGUCGCAAACUCGUGGAUAAGUUGUCCGGUAACAUCGAUCUGUACAAGAAUGUCUUGAUCAGGCUACUGGGCACGACUCAGCUUGACUCGAUAGCAAACCUUUCCCGAGAAGAACUUCUGCAGCUCGCCUUAGCUGCUCCGGAGGCCUCUCAAGGAAUAUCUCCGUCCAUAGGAAACGCGCGGGCCAUGUCAGACAUUCACACCGGCUCGGAUGGUGCCGACAGCCUGGAAGCACUCGAGCAAGCACCACCAGAAGACCCCUACUGGGACGAAGCACGAAAGCACCAAGUUCGCGUGCAAGGGAUAUCAGAUGAUGUCAAUGGUCUUUCUAUGUCCGUGGACAGGUUGUCAUCGUACGUUGGAAUAUCCUCCAUUACGGCAGCCUUAAAAGUCAUUGUGCGAUGUGCACCGCAAGCACGACCGCUGCUCACCCACAAUAACCAGACCGAAACAGCAGUCCCUAGCCGAGCAAGUUCUCCGCCACCCGAGCUCGCAAACAAUCACCCGCUUGCACUACCAUCGCAGGCACAAGGAGAGAAACUCAUCGAAAGCUAUUUCGAUCGGUGUCAUCCUUUCUUCCCUCUGAUAGACGAGCGCAAAUUCUGGUCUACUUACCUACACGGAAAUCGAACAGACUCACAAUGGCUAGCACUCUUGAACAUUGUCUUCGCUGUGGGUUCAUUGGCGUCCUCGACCGCUGACAAUCAAGCACACUACACCUACUUCAACCGAUCACGGAAACACAUGUCUCUGGACUCUUUUGGUAGCGGCAACAUUGAAGUGCUGCAAGCUCUAGCCAUAAUGAGUGGCUACUACAUGCACUAUCUCAACCGGCCCAACGAGGCACACUCUCUCAUGGGUGGAACCCUUCGUAUGGCUACGUCACUGGGCCUGCAUCGUGAAUACUCAGAGCGAAACGACGCGAACAGGCAGCAAGCUCCAUUUGAAUAUGAAGAAGAAUCCAUCUCGCCUGAGAUGAGGCGGCGCAUGUGGUGGAGUCUCUUCUGUCUCGACGCAUGGGCUUCCACCACGACUGGUAGACCAUCUUUGGGCAGAAUGGGGCCAUCGAUCACAGUCAUGAAGCCUGGCACAGCUGCCAACGCUGUGCCUACUAUAAUCAUGCACAACAGUCCGCAAUUUAUGGACCAGCUCAAACUGCUUCCACUCACUCAUGCAUCGACGUUUUGUGCGAUCGCUACAAAGAUACAGGAUCGGCUAGUUGAAUCACCACUGCUUCCCCAUGCCGAAACAGCUGCCUACGACGCCCAGAUCUUGAAGUGGCACGAAGAAUUACCCUCAAUCCUGUCUGAUCACGAAGAGCCAUGUCCCGAUUUUCUCCAUCGAGUGCGGCUCAUUAUGAGGUGGCGCUUCCACAACAUCAGGAUUGUGCUGCACCGACCUGUCUUGUUGACGACAGCUCUUCGGCGAUGUACAUGGGCGACUCUGAUAACUGAAGAAAAAACAGCAAUCGAAAAGUGCCGCACAAUGGCCAGUACCACAAUCGAAGAAAUAAGCAGAGAUUGUAUGCCCGAUCUCAUCUCAGGAUGGAAUGCAGUCUGGUUUUGCUUCCAGGCUUGUAUGGUACCUCUUGUGUCUCUAUUCAGCGACGCCAGUCAACCUGAAGAAGUCGAGAGAUGGCAAGCAAGCAUUGUGACAGCCUUGGAAUUUUUUGAUCGCGCAAGAGACUGGAGCAUAGCUGCAAAACGAAGUGCUGAUGCGGUAGCGAGGCUAUAUGCAGCAUACAAAGCACAAAAGACCACUCCAUCACCUCCGUCACUUCCACCAACACAGCAGCAGCAGCAGCAGCAGCAGCAACAACAACAGCAACAACAGCAACAAGAACAGGCAUAUGCCAUGCCCAACAACUACCCUCAUUUCAAUGAUCUCGACCGGAAUCUUGGUCUCAGCCAGAACCCUUUCGACUACAAUGCUGCAACAAUGCAAAACUGGCCAAACGCUAACAUGAACGAUCCAAACUACCUAAACUAUUUCUGGGACGACAUGAUGUGGGACACGAAUCUGCCAGACAUACAAGAUGUACCAUAUGGAAUGAGCAGCGACUACGACUUUACGGGCGCGGCGCAAGACUCCGGUGUGGGUGGGGCAUACUGGAUGCACGGGAACUAG